UGGUCAAGCGCCUUCGCAGCGACGCGACUGUUCUUAGCGGAGAAAAACCAUACACCUGCAGACACUGUGACAAACGUUUCAGAAACAAGUCUGUCUUAAGGAAACAUAUACAACGCACACACAUGUCGACCGGGCCAAGGAAAAUUGCUUGUGAUUCUUCCAUGUCUACUUCCCAGACAAAAUUGCUUGUAUCACAGAAAGAAAAAACACACAAACGAAGUCGCCAGAAAAUACACACUGGAGAGAAGGCUUUUCAUCAAUGUAGUUACUGCGACUACAAAGCUCUUAAAAUACAUCACCUACAAUGCCACAUAAGAAUACACACUGGCGAGAAGCCUUACGCGUGUAGCUACUGUGAUUACAAAUGCAGUCAGAAAUCGGCCUUAAAAGGACACCACAUGAUUCACACUGGGACAAAGCCGUUUAAAUGUAGCGUUUGCGACUACAGGUGCAGGCUGAAAACAACCUUGCUAAUACAUCAGAGGGUACACACCGGAGAGAAACCGUACGCAUGUAAUCUUUGCGACUACAAGGGCAGUGCCAGGGCAAACUUGCGAAAACACGAAAUGACACAUACUGGUGAAAAACCAAAAACGUCAUACACAUGUAGUUAUUGCGAGUUCAAGUGCUAUGCUAGUUCAGUCUUACGUAAACACGAGAUGAGACAUACUGGCGAGAAGCCAUUUCAGUGCAGUUACUGUGAUUACAAAUUCAGUCAAAAAUAUAACUUACAAAAUCACAUAAGAAUACACACGGGAGAAAAGCCGUACAAGUGUAGUCAUUGCGAAUACAAGUGCAGCGAUAGGUCGGCGUUACGAUCUCACGAAAUGACACAUACUGGCGAGAAGCCUAUUCAAUGUGGCCACUGUGAUUACAAAUGCCGUAACAAUUCAAUGCUACGACGCCACCAGAAGACGCAUACUGGGACGGAGCCUAAAAAUGGAAAAGUUGCGAGGAAAAGUGCAACCUGUACUGUAACAGCACCUGCGGAGUCACCAGAUGAUACACACGGGGGAGAAGCCUUACAGGGAACGUGUCAGGGUUCUCUCGGGAAUGGCAAUACGCUCGCGCCUUAA